UUAAUCUUCGCUAACUUGUCGCAAAAGCUAGAUGCUAAAAUUCAGACGGCUGAACCACGAGCGUGUUCUUAUUGGAAAUAAUCGAUAGAAAUACUAGAAUAUUUCAAGUUUUGAUAAUAUCUGGACAUCGUGUCGUGCUCGGUGCUCUAUAAUGGCGUCUGCUGCUCGCUCUUCUGGAGGUUUUAAUUGGUGAAAAAAAGGUUGAUUCGUCGCCUCCCCAGAUGUGGCUUCUUCUGAGACUUCUGUUCAUGAACGGCGAGGAUGCUUUGAUUGGGCGGCUGUGGCUCGGACUGGAGGGAUGACAGGACUUUAGCAGACAUGGAGACAGGAGAGACACACAAACAGCUGGAAACACCAUAUUUACUCAGUCUACAUUCUCCUCAUUAAAUCCACUCAGGAUAAUAGCCUAUUUUUAUAAUUUUUUUUAUUCAGAGCUGUUUUUGUUAGAUGUUGUAAAGCCAUACAGACGUCACAAUGAGUUCUGAGGGCUUUCAGUACCGAGCGCUGUACGACUACAAGAAGGAGAGGGAGGAGGACAUCGACCUGCAUGUUGGAGACAUGCUGCUGGUCAGUAAAGGAGCGCUGCUGGCUCUCGGCUCCAGCAACGGAGCGGAGGAACGACCUUCAGAGAUCGGCUGGCUGCCGGGCAUCAACGAGACCACACAGGAGAAAGGCGACUUCCCUGGAACGUAUGUGGAGUUUAUUGGCAGAAAGAGGAUGUCCCCGCCCACACCCAAGCCCCGCCCACCCAGGCCACCGUCUGCAGCGUCUGUGAGGACCGACUCCGAGUCAGAGGGCUUCAUGUUGCCAGACCUCCCUGAGCAGUUUGGACCCCCGGACACAGCCCCUCCCCUCCUGAGCAGACUGAUGGAGGCCAUAGAGAACAAAGGUCUAGAGAGUCUCGGUUUGUAUCGCAAUCCGAGUGGAGCAGGUCUGGACACCCGGCAGCUGUCCGACACUGACCUGGAGCAGCUGGAGGUGUCGUCCCUGUGUGACGGGGUGUUCCGGUUCCUGCAUGAUCUGCCCGGGCCUGUCCUCCCCUCCUCGCUGCAGGCCGACUUGAUUCACACAGUGCAAGAGGUGCGGGACCUGGAGGACUGCGCCCAGGUUCUGAGGGGGGUGGUCAGCUCGCCGACCUGCCCGGCCCAGUACGGCCUGACGCUGCUCAGCGUGGUCCGACACCUGGCCCGACUCUGUCUGCACAGCGCCAGGAACCAGCUGAUCCCCCGAAACCUGGCUGAGAGUUUCAGCCCAUUGAUGUUCAGACAGGCUGCAGGGUCUGAGUCCAGUCUGGAUCCUCUGGUUCAGGUCCUGGAGGUUCUGAUAACCAGCGAGCUCAACAUGACACAGGCUGCACCAGCGUUGCCUCCAAAACCGGUCAAGUCUUCCACUCCAGCAGCUUCCUGUAGUUUCAACAACAGUAUUGCUCUGCAGGACGCCGAGUGGUACUGGGGAGACAUCUCCAGAGAGGAGGUGAAUGAGAAGCUGAGAGACACAGCUGACGGUACUUUCCUGGUUCGAGACGCCUCCACUAAGAUGCACGGAGAUUACACUCUGACUCUGAGGAAAGGAGGCAACAACAAGCUGAUAAAGAUCUUCCACCGGGAGGGAAAGUACGGCUUCUCCGACCCUUUGACGUUCAGCUCCGUGGUGGAGCUGAUCAACCAUUACCGCCACGAGUCCCUCGCCCAGUACAACCCCAAACUGGACGUCAAGCUGCUCUACCCGGUCUCCAAACACCAGCAGGACCAGGUGGUGAAGGAGGACAGUAUUGAAGCUGUGGGGAAGAAGCUCCACGAAUAUCACCUGCAGUACCAGGAGAAGAACCGAGAGUACGACAGACUGUACGAGGAGUACACCAGAACCUCGCAGGAGAUCCAGAUGAAGAGGACGGCUAUCGAGGCGUUCAAUGAGACCAUAAAGAUCUUCGAGGAGCAGUGUCAGACUCAGGAGCGCUUCAGCAAAGAGUACAUCGAGAAGUUUCGCCGAGAGGGCAACGACAAGGAGAUCCAGAGGAUCAUGGAGAACUACGACAAGCUGAAGUCUCGGAUCAGUGAGAUCGUGGACAGUAAGCGUCACCUGGAGGUGGACCUGAAGAAACAGGCUGCGGACUACAGAGAGAUCGACAAGAAGAUGAACAGCAUCAAACCAGACCUGAUCCAGCUGCGCAAGACCAGGGACCAGUACCUCAUGUGGCUGACCCAGAAGGGAGUUCGUCAGAGGAAACUGAACGAGUGGCUCGGCCUGAAGAACGAAACCACAGAGGAUGAGUACAGCAUGGUGGAGGAUGAGGAGGACCUUCCUCACCAUGACGAGCGUCUGUGGCGCCUCGGAAACAUCAACCGCAUUCAGGCCGAGUCUCUGCUCCGCGGGAAGAGAGACGGAACCUUCCUGGUCCGAGACAGCAGCAAGCCGGGCUGCUACGCCUGCUCUGUGGUUGUGGAGGGAGAGGUGAAACACUGCGUCAUCAACAAGACGAGCACCGGUUUUGGUUUCGCGGAGCCCUACAACCUGUACGGCUCUCUGAAGGAGCUGGUGCUGCACUACCAGCACACCUCGCUGGUCCAACACAACGACUCGCUCAACGUCACGCUGGCCUUCCCCGUCUACAGCCAGCAGAGGCGGUGACCCGCCCGGUUUACUCUUCAUUCAUAUGUCAUCGUAGGCCAGCUGCAGGAGCAGAACCUGACCACAUGACACGUUUACUGUUCAAAGCCCCGCACAAUAACUCGGCACAACAGCGGAUCGACGGUCAGAAGUUUGUUCAACUUUUAAAAAACAAUAAAGCGUCCUGGUGCUGCAGAUCUCAGUGCAUCAGAGAAGAGGAAGCUUUGUGUUCAGUGAAAUGCUUUGUUACGUCCUGUAGGAAUGGUGACAAUUCAAAACCAAUAGUUUACUGUGAACUUCAUCACAUGGAGCUUCAACUUCCUGAGCAAAAAAAGACUUCAAGACACCAGUUUAACUUUCUUAACUUUGCAAUUUACUCUGAUCAGAGAUGACACACUUGAGGUCGGGAUCACACGGGAGAUCGGAUCAGAGGUCGUGAGGCGUUCACAAUCUAAAGAAAUCUACAAGUUAUGGAUACAAACGUUUAGUUUAACAAAUAGUUUGUUGAGUUGUUGCCCCCCCCCACCCCCACCCAGCGGUUCCACGUGUUUAUUGUUGCGAAAGACAAAAAACUAAACGGGUAGAGUUUCCAAAGUUUCUUUGGUUGUUACACCUGUUGCCCAUUUCCACUUCCUGAGGAUAGUUCCUGUUAAGAACGUACUUGGAUACUCUUUGGUAACUUGGGAUAGCUCCCGGGUCAAACUUAAUGGCCAUCCUCUUCCUGUUUGGUUUGCUCAUUGAUUGACGCGCUUCCUUUGUUCUGCAUAUGGCGUCUUCAUUUUUACAGAAUUACACCGUGAAAGAGAGGCUUAUAGGGCACCAAUCUAAACCAAGAUGGUGUCAGUAUAUUGUGCAAUCAACAGUAACUUCAUAAUGAUAAGUUAACGCGGGGAACCGUUGUCUAUUUCCACUUUAAUGUAACAAGACAGUAAAGAUAAACACUGAACAUGCUUUCAGAGGAUAACACAACACAAAGCCCUGAGGGGGAAGAUGGCCGUUCAGGUUAACAUACCUAAUGAACAUGAGCGCUUCAGGCUCGCUCAGAAACGUGUCCCGUGUGAUCACGACCUCGCUGUGAGUCGAUACAGAGACCAGCGUGUCCCAGCUUCCUGUCUGAGGAGGAACGACGUACUGAACUGUCACCGUGUUUAGUGUCGUGGAGGUCAGCUGACGGACUCCUCCUUUAACCAUGACUGAACAGAACCACAACUACGGACUGAUGAUGAUGAUGAUGAUGAUGAUGAUGAUGAUGUCAAAGACAAAAUGGCGGACAAUCCAGAAAGACUUCUCUUAAGUAAACACUGUGAGUGACUCUGAACAAGGUUAUAAAUGAGGGCAAAUGGACCGAUGUGCAUUUAUUUUACAUCAGGAGAAAAUAAACAAGAAACCUGCAUCAUCCAAAGACUGGACCCCCAACACCCCCAACACCAACACCACCCCAAAUAAUCCCGUCCGUGUUCUUCGAGGUCCUCUUUCUUCAGCUUUGUUUUGGUUUGCCACCUCAGUCUCGUUUAAUUUUGCUGAGCGGGCGGAUAAUUCUUCAAUUCUUUAAUUUCAAUAAACGUCCGUCAGCACAAAUGUUUACUCGUGCUGGAUCCAAACAGAGUUAACGUUCAGGAAUGACAGAACUGGAUCUCAAGAGUUUAUCUGAAGUUUCAAAGACUCGUGGAUGAAGCGCAGCCUGUCAACAUUACUGGUGUAAAACGUGGAUAUUUGAAUCUUGAUUUUUGUCUUUAUGUUUUCUUUUUUGUGCAUUUGGACACAACCUCCUUCAAACCAGGUACAGGAGAUGAAACUCUGAAACUUUGAAGGAGUCCCAAGUAUUACAUAUUUUUUCCACAACUUGGAUCGAUUUUUGGAAAUCAAUACGUUCAAUAAUGUUUUCAAAUGUCCAGAAUUUUUCAAGCUCUUAUUUGACUUAUUCCACAAAAGUCCUGGUUUUUCAUUCUGACAUUUAAACCAAACUAGUGAACAAAACAAGAAUCUAAUGAGAUGAUGAAAAUGAAAAGUUCAUUGUUUAAGAAUUCUGAUGAAUAAAAUGAUUGGGCUGAAUGUCUGAAAGCUACCGUGAGAAA